AAAAAAGAUUCUGGAAUCCGUCAACGCGGGCUCCCUGUGAUUGCACCACGAUUCGAAACGGUCCCCAAAUAUAUAGGGCCCCACGGUGCGUGACUGAGACCCCAUUAGCAAUGGCGGACGAAAACGAUUUGGAGGUGAGCUCAGAGUCUAUUCCUCCAGGAGCUCCUCCAGAAAAGAAAACGAACUCCAAAAAAACUAAACCCGUGUGUCGGUUUUAUGCAAAGAGUGGUGUCUGCAAAUAUAAAGAAAAUUGUCGUUUCUCUCACGCAAAAUCAGCUGAUAUCGAUACCACGAGUUCACAAGAAAACAAUGACAAAGUGACSGAAUUGCCUGAAGAAAAUGAACAACAGAAAUCUGAAAGCAACUCUAUCACAAAAAAGAAACGAUGCAGAUAUUUCAAUACAAAGAAAGGCUGCUCCAAAGGAGAUGCAUGUCCAUUUGCGCACAAAGAGAAAAMGGAAAAUAAUCAGAAAGAAGAUAAACUUAUUAGCAAAAACAUCGCAGGUAAAACUAAAGAAACAGACGAGUCUAAAACAGCAAUUUCAACCACAGGAAACAAGGAUGCAGCAGACACGAAACCAAUGACUCCCAACAAGGAAAAGACUAGUUCCUCAAAAUCAAAGCCAAACAUUUCUACCUCACAAAAUAAGAAGGAAUCAGAAAAGAAAACUGAGUCAAAGACAGUCGUUUCAACUACUGCAAUGUUGUCUGCAUUAGAUGAUGAUCAAUUAGARAAACUUAGAACAAGGGAGAUUGAGCAGCUUUUGCGACGUUUUGGCAAAAAGAAAGCAACRGAGAUGCCUUGUAGUGAUGGUACAAUGUACUCUGUUCUCUUCGCACCAUCAGACCCUGACUGGCCUUUUGAUAUUGAAAACAUUGUUCUUGAAGUGACCUUUCCACGUGAAUACCCUAAAAAGAUGUUUGAUGCUGCKUUGUCUCAAGAUCAGUCAUUGCCCUCUGAUCUGAUAAGCUUCGUAAAUCAAGGAAUAUUGAAAUGGACUCAACAGCAACAACAAAUCAGAGAUAAGAAAGAUUCUGCUGACCUUCCAUUUAGACCAUUUUUACGUUGGUUAGAUAGAAAUAUAGAAAAAUUAUUCAUUGAUGCUGCAAAACAGAUGAAAGAGCAAGAAGAACAUGAAGAUGAGAAUACUGAAAGUGAUUCUUCAGAAGACGCAGCUCAAGGACCUUGUUCUUCAUCAGUAGAAACCUAUGAACCAAACCAAAGAACAAACUACAAUGUAGAAAAUGUGUAUACUAAGCCAAGACAUGAUUAUCAACAUCAACAACAAGCACCACAAAGUCAUAGCUACCAUGAUGCUAACCCAGACAAAAUUGAUAUUUUAUUAUCUGAUCUUUUAACAUUCAAGAGCCAACCACCCAAAAAUAAAGUGGCUGGCGACAGUAAAUCUCAUCACCAUGGAGACACCAUAGAUAUGUCAAAAAAGGAACAUAUUGUCUUUGUUGAAAGGGAGCCUAAUGACUCAUCAACCAAUCAAAUGAGUUAUAGUGCCUGUGGUGAUGUAAUGCAGCUGGAAAGUACUGGUACAAUUAACUGGGCUGAYACUAUGACUAACGUUGAAACAGAGCAGAGUAGUGAGGGGGYUGGACAACAGCCAAAACCCAGGGGGACUGAGAUUAGAUUCAAAGGCCUUGAGUUGUAUGAAAAUACAAGUACACUAAGGACAGAUACUGUUGUACUGACAGUGGAKUGUGCGAAAUGUAAAACAAAGACAGAUGUUAAAACCGAUAAGUUGAGGCCAGCAGCAAUCAGAUGUGAAAAGUGUACAAAUAUAAUUAAAGUUGGUUUCAGACCAUUUAUGAUCCAUCAAUAUUCUACAUCAACUCUGGGAUAUCUUGAUUUGCAUGGAUGUCAUCCAUUUGAUUUAGUCAUUGCCGAUUCUUCUCUYAUAGCUGGAUGCCUUGGAUGCAGCCAUGAAACACCAAUAAAGGGACCUCAGUAUGGAUCAAACCAAGUCUGGUGCAGCAAAUGUCAUCAAAAACUGCAAUUCAAAAUUGAAUCCACAAGAUUCUUCCAACUCAUGCCUACUUCGUCUGUCCCAGGCGAUAGUAAUGUUCCAAUGCCUAAAAGAAAACCUAAAGCCCCAGGACUGCGAGAAGGCUUUCCAUUACCAGAAAAUGGGACCUGCAAACACUAUAAAAAGAGUUUCMGAUGGCUGAGAUUUCCAUGCUGUGGAAAGUGUUAUCCUUGUGACGUUUGCCAUGAUGAGGUAGAAUCACAUGAAAUGAAAUAUGCCACAAGAAUGGUGUGUGGAUUCUGCUCCAAAGAACAGCCCUUUACACAGGGGUCAUGCUCAGCUUGUAACUCCUCCAUUACCAAGGCAAAAUCCUCCCACUGGGAGGGUGGGAAAGGAUGUCGAAACAAGACUGUAAUGAGCAAAGGUGAUGAUAAAAAGUAUAAGAACACUUCAAAGACAACUUCACGAAAAUCCCAGGCAAAGGCAAAUCCUGGAAAAUCAAAGUGAACAUUGGUAGGAUUGUAUAUAGCUUUGUUAUACAUAGGAACACAAAAACAUUGAGACUGGUACUCUAACUGGACUAACUGGUAUGGUAACACCAUAGAGUGCAUGAUAAUUACAAUCCAAUAUUAUUAUUGGAUGGUUGUGACUUGUUAUAUCAAGAAACAUUAAGUCAAGUAGAUUUGAACAAUGUUUUAAUUAGAUUUUGAUAUAUUACAUUGUCUACAAUUAAAAAUGCCCUAUAAUUUGAUCAAGCAA